CAGAGCAGCCGGGACCAACACGACCACACACACUAGACUCUUCCAUCUGAUCCUGACCCAGGAGGCAAGCUACGAUAGAGAUGCUGUGUCCCAGUGCGUUCCAGCCCUCCACCAUCAAUAUGAGGCCCUACGUGGACCUGCACUGGCCUGUCCGCAGCCUGUGGCCCGAGACCACACCUCUGUUCUACCACAUGGAGCAGGAGAUGAUCAGACACAUGCAGGAGAUGAGACAGAACAUGGAGUACAUGGAGAGACUACACCAGAAGAUCUUUGACGAAAUCGAUCAGUCAAUGUCCUCUUCGGCUGUCUUUAAACCAAUCACCUUUCAGGUCGGGCAGGAAAGCGGCACAUUUGCCCUGACCCUGGACACGAAGGAGUUUGCCCCCGAGGAGCUGUCUGUCAAACAGGUGGGCAGGAAACUGAGGGUCAGCGGGAAGACGGAAAAGAAGCAGGAGGACGGGAAAGGUUCCUACUCCUACAGGUGUCAAGAGUUCAGGCAGGAGUUCGACGUGCCAGAUGGGGUGGACCCUGAGGCUGUCACCUGCUCCCUGGCAGGGGGGCAGCUCCAGAUCCAGGCACCCAGGGAGAGCGUGUCAGACGGGAAGGAAAGAGUCAUCCCCAUCAGCUUCACCCCGGCCCCAGCCAUCACCUCUCCUCAGACAGACAGCACUGGGUCGGAGGGAAGCCGCGCUGCUAGCAACGCCUCAGCAGAGACGCCAACCAAAUCAGAGUGACCCACCACUGGACCUGCAACCAACUGCUGCUCAUCUCCCAGUCUGAACCUUAGACAUCAGAUCUGAUCAUCUACUCACCAUUUACCAUAACUGUUCAUUAAUGAUGUUGUUUUGACUGUAUGUUGAUGGACA